UCUUUGGAUCUCGGUUCCCAGUUCUUGAGCUCAUCAACCUAUUCUCGUCUACCAAACCAUCGUCAAAGUCGAAUAGUCACCUCUCCAAAAUUGGGAAAACAAUACAAGGGCAGGAGACAAUGGCUCAGCCGCAGGCAUACCAGCAGGUGGCCAUCACCACUCAGACCGGCAAAGGCGCCCUCGAACCAAUGAGCAUACUCCUGAACGACUCUUUCCGAGAUGAUCCCGCUAUGCGAUACGGUCUCGGCGCUCUCUCCGAAGCCGAACAAGAAGCCUACCGACAACAAUUCCUUCGCGUCCUCUUCAAAGCUGCGGCACUCAACGGCGGUUCGUUCCAUUUCGCCCGGGACGAUAAGUCCUGUGGCGGGAUCUGGGUGCCUCCGGGAAAGAAAGUUGACAAUCCGUUGACCGUUUUCCCUUCGGGUUUCCUUGGAGUCAUUCGAAAGUUGGGAUUGAAGGGAUCAAGUACACAAGCAGCUAAGAUUCCCUUCUUCCUGUGAUGCCGAAACAAAACGAAAUCACUCACUGACUCCUGGAAACCACCAGCGCAUCCUCCUUGACCUCCCCAGCCAAAGCAACGACCGCAAAAAGCACCACCUCUACCCGGUCUCCAAGCGCUACCACUACCUCUUCUUCCUGGGCACCGCGACAAGCGCGCAAGGCCAAGGACUCGGCGGCGCCAUCAUCAAGCGCGUACAAGACCGCAUCCUCGCCAGCUCACCCCACAAUCAGUCCCCCAAA